CGGUUAACAUCUAACCCAGUCUCGCAGACUCUCUUGCCAAAUUUGACUUCGCGGUAACUCGAGUUGAAUUCCGGUCAAAUCAAGCUCCGGCCAGCUCAGAUAUGGAGGAGAAGCCGUCGGCGAGGAGAGUCAAGUCGGAGGAAGACCACGUGGCGAAGAAGGUGAAGACGGAGGAGGACCAUGGCGGUACCAAAAGCUUGGAUACUGCGAAAGCCGAUAAGCUGGUGUGGCUGAUGAAGCUGCCGCAGGCGGUGGCCAAGUCUUGGAACUCGCACCCUUCCUCCGAUCCUCACCCCGUCGCCAAAGUCGUCCUCUCCCUUGAUCCGCUCGAAACCGAUGAGACCUCUGCGGUGCAGUUCAAAAUGGAGGUUGCUCCCACUGAGGCUGGGAUAAAGCCGAAGAAUUAUUCUAUGAACAUGUCGAAAGACUUUAUUCCUAUGUGCGUUUUCUCGGAGGGAAAUCAAGGCAAGAUUGCCGUGGAAGGAAAAGUAGAGCACAAGUUUGACAUGAAGCCCCAUGGUACAAACUUUGAAGAGUAUGGGAAGAUGUGUCGUGAAAGGACAAACAAGUCCAUGAUCAAGAAUAGACAAAUACAGGUUAUUGAUAAUGACCGAGGAGUACAUAUGAGGCCCAUGCCUGGUAUGAUUGGCUUGAUUUCUACCAAUGCCAAGGAUAAGAAGAAACCUGUACCAGUUAAACAAUCAGAUGUGAAAAGGACUAGAAGGGAUCGUGGGGAACUGGAGGAUAUAAUGUUCAAGCUAUUUGAAAGACAACCAAAUUGGGCAUUGAAGCAGCUUGUGCAAGAGACUGAUCAACCUGCGCAAUUCUUGAAAGAGAUACUAAAUGAGCUCUGUGUAUACAACAAAAGGGGAACCAACCAGGGUACUUAUGAGCUUAAGCCAGAGUACAAGAAAUCUGUUGAUGAUACACCUGCAGAAUAAAUUCUCUACCAAUCUAUUCAUCAUCCACUUUCCGUUUUCGACAAACGCAAGUUCUCAACUGAAGAAGAAAGGUUUGCCUAUGGUAUUGUAUGAGAAAGUAACACCAUCAACGAGAACUGUAAACAUGGGAGACAGCAGUCCCAUUUCAUCUUUUUAACUCCCACAGUUAUAUUCUCUUAUUUGAUCUGACCAGUGAUAAAACGCUUACUUAAACUUACAGGACAAGCAUGCAUAAAUUUGAUGUAGCGUGUACAUCCAUAAUACUGGGUUUACCUAGUAUUUUAGUUUGAGAAUAGCUGAAAUACUUGCUAGGACACCCCUUUUAACUGCAAUCAUAUUGAUACAAAAUUGAAAAUUUGAA